AUGUUCGCCUUGCGACGCGUGGCUGCGCGAGCAGUCUUUACACAGCCAGCACGACAGCUAUCGACCCUCAGACCGGCUCCAACGCGAAUCUCAACAGUCAGAUCACAGAAGCUUGCGCUCAAUCGAUCAUUCCACCAAUCUUGGAGAUGGCUUGCAGACGAGGAGCAGAAGAAGGAAGUCAGUCCAGCAGAGGCAGAGACGAGCGGCGAGACUGUCACUACAGAGCCUUCCGCAGAAGAGCAGAAAGAAAUCAAGGAGGAGAGCAUUGCUACCCCCGAUGUUGUUGAGGCCGCGCAGGAGACUGCACAAAUGGCACAACAGACUGUCGAAGAGACGGCAUCGAAAGCCCAGCAAGCGGCAAGCAGUGCUGCACAGACAGCGCAGGACGUUACCGCCAGAGCAUCCGAGUUGGUAUCAAAUGCUGCCAGCGCUGCUUCCAAUGCUACUUUCCCGUCACGCGAGUCCGGAGCUUCAUUUGGAGCAACCCAACGAGACGCAAAACCUAGCAGGAUCCUCUACAUUGGAAACCUCUUCUUUGAAGUUACCGCACCACAACUCGAGGCUGAAUUUUCAAAGUAUGGAGAUGUUACCAAUAGCAGAGUUGUCACAGACAGCAGGGGCAACAGCAAGGGCUUCGCUUAUGUCGAACUCGCCACUCAGGAUGCAGCUGAUCGAGCUGUGCGUGAACUUGAUCAGAAGGUGUUCCAGGGCAGACGCAUGGCUGUCCAGUAUCACGUUCGCCGCGAACCUCGUAACCAGCGCGCAGCACGCGACCCGAAUCCUCCUAGCAAGACACUCUUCAUUGGCAACAUGUCAUACCAGAUGAGCGACAGAGAUUUGAACGAUCUCUUCCGCGAGAUUCGCAACGUUCUUGACGUCCGUGUCGCCAUCGAUCGCCGAACUGGCCAACCCCGAGGCUUCGCUCACGCAGACUUCAUCGAUGUCGAAAGCGCCCAGCAGGCGAAAGAGCAUCUGGAAAGGAAGGAGGUGUAUGGUCGUCAACUGCGCGUGGACUACAGCCAAGCCUCCUCGCGAGACAGGACCUUCUAA